AUUUUUUUUUUUCUGCAAACACUUUACCGUCAUGCUUCGAUCGCUCGCCUCGCUUGCCCGGACAGCGUCCUCUGCCACAGUGCCAACUUGCGUCCGAUCGCUGCACUCGCCCGCUGCCGUCUCCCUGUCGUCCGUCGUGCCCACCUCGACCGCGCCUGGCAAAUCGCCGCGCAUCCUCAUCACCGGCUCACUCGGGCAGCUCGGCUCUGAACUGGCAAAGAUGCUUCGCGCCAAGUAUGGCAAGGAGAACGUCGUCACGUCAGACAUUCGCAAGCCCGACGUCCCGGAAGACGGCCCAUUCAAGUACAUUGAUGUGCUCAACUACCAACAGAUGGAGGCGUUGAUCGUCGACCACCGCAUCGAUUGGGUCGUGCACUUUUCCGCACUGCUCUCGGCUAUUGGCGAGCAGCAGCCGGCCAAGGCACUUCAGGUGAACAUCCAGGGCUUCCAAAACAUUGUCGACCUGGCAAAGGUGCACAAGCUGCGCGUCUUUUGCCCGAGCACGAUUGGCGCGUUCGGCCCAACCACCCCCGCCGACAACACCCCCGACCUCACGAUCAUGCGCCCAACCACCAUCUAUGGCAUCACCAAGGUGCACAUGGAGCUCAUGGGCGAGUACUAUCACAACCGCUACGGCGUCGAUUUCCGCUCGUUGCGAUACCCCGGCGUCAUUUCGGCCGAAUCGCUGCCCGGCGGCGGCACGACCGACUACGCCGUCGACAUUUUCCACCACGCUCUUAAGACUGGCGAGUACACGUGCUUCCUCUCGGAAAAGACCCGUUUGCCCAUGAUGUACAUGCACGACUGCCUCAAGGGCACCAUGAUGAUGCUCGAGGCCCCCAACGAACAGCUCAAGCAGCGCGUGUACAACCUUGCCGCCUUCUCGUUCACCCCCGAGGAGAUUGCCGAGCAGAUUCGCAAGCACGUGCCCCUGAAGGUUGCCUACCGCCCCGAUUUCCGACAGGCCAUCGCCGAUUCCUGGCCUCGCUCCCUCGACGACACCAAUGCUCGUCAAGACUGGCAAUGGUCGCACGACUAUGAUCUCAAGACAAUGGUUGGUGAAAUGUUGACCAAGCUUCGUCGCCAUUACCCUGCUGUUGGAAAGCAGUGAUGAGGAGGGUUUUGUGUGUGUGUGUGUGUAUGUGUGUGUGUGUCGUGUUUGUUUUCGGCCCUUGUCCAUUCACAUCAUUUCCAUAAACAUCUUUUCUUUGAUACAAUCA